CCAGUACGGAGGUUUGAAAAUUAUGUGGCAGGAUGUUGAACGUCGAAAAUUUCAGUGGUAGUCAGCCGUAGGUGAGGAUUUUGAAAAGCAUCAGAAUCAGUCAAGCGAGUGGGCUGGGAAGACACAGAUGAUUGUGCUUCGUGGUGACUUGGAAAAACCCUACGGCAGUGAAACGUUGCCUUGGUUGUCGGAGUACCACCGCGUGCUGUAGUAUUGUUUCUUUUUCUGUUGGGAAUUCAAGUCUGGGUGUUUCGUUGAUGAACUGGACUUGAUAUGAAGCAAAGCUGUACGCUGUGUUGAUUUUGAGGUGGAGAAGAUGAAGUGCAUCAAAUUCUUGCUGGCGGUGACGAUGUCUCUGCAAUUCGUCGCGCAAAGUUUAGCUGCUGAGGAAGGAAGUCAUUCUAGACGCGGCGAAGCACUGAUUCGCGUCUAUGGCACUCAGGACUCCACACAGUUAUACUUCGUAAUCCCUGCAGAAUACAUACAAAUUCAUGAAUGGGGAGGUUGCGUUUGUAUCCGAUGUAAGUAACGAAGAUGAAGAAGUACCAGCAGGAUAUCCUAGCGAACAUGAAGGUGAAGGAGAUGAGCCGUUGGGUUGCGAAAACGAAGGUGGGAGGUUUUUGUCGAGAAUGUUGUUGCAGAGCACCCCCACGGACGGAAGUAUACUGUUGGAGUUUAAGCAAGCAAUUGUCAACGAUUCCAGAGGAAUACUUCGAGGGUGGAACGCAACUGCAAAUGAGGAUUAUUGUGGGUGGCAUGGUGUAACUUGUAACCUGGAAACAAGAAGAGUGAUCGGCUUGAACUUAACAGAUGGUUUGAUGGAUGGAACUAUUACCUCAAGUCUCGGUUCGCUCACCGCCUUGACAAACCUCACCAUCAGAAAUAGUUCUCUCGUGGGCUCGAUUCCUGUGGAGCUUGGGAACCUCACCUCCUUGCAGAUCCUCGAUCUUCACAGCAACAGUCUUACGGACUCAAUCCCAACGGAGCUUUCGGCAUGCAUCAAUCUUCGGGAGCUUGACCUAGGUGCCAACAAGCUCACAGGUCCGCUCCCAGUUGAGCUCGUGAACUGCAGCCAUCUGGAAUCCAUAGAUGUUUCAGAAAACAAUAUUACUGGCAGAAUCCCUACCGCUUUCACAACUCUGAGGAACCUCACGACGUUUGUUAUCAGUAAGAACCGCUUUGUUGGAUCUAUUCCUCCUGAUUUUGGGAAUUGUUCAAAACUCGUGUCAUUCAAAGCUAAAGAAAACAACCUCUCAGGAAUUAUACCAGUGGAGUUUGGAAAGUUGACCUCAUUGGAGACUCUAGCUCUGCACAACAAUUACCUCACUAGAAAUAUCCCUGCCGAGCUGUCCUCAUGCACCAAUCUUCGGGAGCUUGACGUCGGCGCCAACAACCUGACUGGAACAAUCCCAAUUGAGCUGGCCAAGUUGAGCCAUCUUGAAAGCAUUGAUGUAUCAUCCAAUAUGCUAACGGGGAACAUUCCACCAGAAUUUGGAACGGUUCGCAACCUGACAUCGUUUCUUGCAAUGUGGAACAACUUAACUGGUGAAAUCCCAGACAGUUUCGGCAACUGCACUGAACUCCAAAGCUUAGCGGUCAACAACAACAAGCUCACGGGGACAAUUCCGGAAACCUUGGCGAAUUGUCCUAAGCUACAAGGAUUUCUUAUUCACUUCAACAAUAUGACAGGCCCAAUUCCAAGGGGAUUUGCGAAGUUGCAGAAGCUCAGCGUCUUAAUGUUCCAAAACAAUAGCAUCAAUGGAGAAAUCGAGUUUCUGAAGAACUGUAGCGCGAUGUGGAUACUUCACGGGGAAUACAACAAUCUUAGUGGGCGGAUUCCUCCCACUUUUGGUGAAAAUUGUACCGAUCUGUGGCAGCUCCAUGUUUCGGACAACCAUUUCACUGGUACCGUACCAGCAUCUCUAGGAAAAUGUCCAAAGUUGUGGAACUUUGCCUUCAGCAAUAACAACCUCACUGGCAUCAUUCCGCCUGAACUUGGAAACUGCAAGGAUAUGAUGAAUUUUCAGCUUGAUAACAACAACCUUCGCGGCACCAUACCCGAUUCGUUUGGGAACUUCACUGGGGUCAAAUAUCUGCACUUGGAUGGCAAUGAUCUUGAAGGACCGAUUCCGGAAUCACUGGUAAAUUGCAAGGAACUCGUUCGACUGCACUUACAAAACAAUCCGAAGCUGAAUGGCACCAUACUUGAAGGGCUUGGUGGACUGCAGAAAUUGGAGGAUCUUGCGCUCUAUAACAACAUUUUGAUCUCUGGUGAUAUCCCGGCCUCCCUUGGCAACUGCUCGUCGCUCAAGAACCUUGUGCUUUCCAACAAUUCUCACACUGGAGUCUUGCCGAGUAGUCUUGGAAACCUUCAGAAAUUGGAGCGGUUGGUCGUAUCCAGGAACCAGCUGGUAGGGUCGAUCCCAUCGAGCCUCAGCCAAUGCUCAAAACUUGUCACGAUUGACCUUGCCUAUAACAACUUGACAGGGACAGUGCCUCCAUUGCUUGGAAACAUAACCAACUUAGAACAACUCUUGCUCGGGCACAACAACUUGCAGGGAAAUUUUUCUUUGAAUUCUAGCAAUCUGGCAGGUGCGCUACAAACCCUGUCAGUCACCAGCAACUCCUUAACGGGUAACAUCUUCGAAUCGUUGGCCACAUACAGCAACCUCACCAUGAUCGACGCUUCUCGAAACGCGUUUAAUGGAAGCAUUCCAGCCACAUACGACGUUUCAUCCCUCUCCAACUUGAGAGUGCUCGUGCUAGGGCUCAACAAUCUGGUAGGUCCAAUACCGUCGUGGCUCUGGGAGCUUCCCAUGCUGCAAGUGCUCGAUCUCUCGGAGAACAUGAUCACCGGCGACGUUUCAGGCAACUUCACCAAGAUGCGGGGAUUCAGAACCGAUUCAAAACAAGCGGCGAACUCUACCUUAGCGCCACUUCAGCAAAGCCUCGAGAUUACAGUGAAGGAUCACCAACUGAAGUACGAGUACAUAUUGCUAACGCUAACCUCCAUGAGCUUGGCAUCGAACAACCUCCAGGACAGCAUUCCAGAGAAUAUUGUGGAGUUGACCCAACUGAAGUAUCUGAACCUUUCAUAUAACAAAUUCUCGGGCACAAUUCCAUCAAACCUGGGUGACCUCUACCUGGAAUCUCUGGACCUGUCCUACAACCGUCUCACUGGAAGCAUUCCGCCAUCUCUCGGCAAGUCCAGUAAUUUGGGCACACUCAUGCUAGCUUACAACAACCUGUCUGGACAAAUCCCUGAGGGAAAUCAAUUGCAAAGCAUGAACAUCACUGCAUUUCUUCCUGGAAACGACGGCCUUUGUGGUGCACCUCUUAACAGGACCUGCGAUUCACUUAUUGACAUCAUCCCAGCUGACGAUUCAACGGCAUUGUCAUUCUCUAACGUGAUUUCGCCUCCCGGAUUCGUUGUUGGGAUUGUUGUGGGCUUCGUCUCCGUGGUUGUAGUGUUCCUCACCUGGAGCCCUGCCAAAGACUUCCUUCAGCUCUCUCAGUUGACGAAUCUGCCGAAACAAAGCAGCCCCACUGGGCUAUGGCGCGCCUUGUGAACAUUGAAUUGCAACUUGGUGUUGUGUUGUCUGUGCCAGAAGUUUUGAUAGAUGAGGUUUUGGUGCAGGAGGCUUUAGAUUCACCAACUCCCUUUGAGAAUCACACCUCUUGGUUGUGUUGAGUUGAUCAUGUAAACUAUCUUCAUAUCCCUCUUUAAUCCAAGUAAUCUAAUUCAUUACAGUGAUUUAUCUUGUCCAA